AUGGAAAUAUGGCAUCGUACAGAGCUUCUUGAACUACUGCAGUACCGCAGCGAUCUAUCUCUUGAAGAGAUGCAAGAUUUCCUAUUUGAAGCCUUCGAGAUCCAGAUCAGUCGUUCUGCAAUCAGUCGACAGUUAAACUCAGCUGGCUGGACGAACAAGAAGUCCAAGAUUAUUGCUGCUCAGCGAAGUGACGAACUACGAUACGAGUACUUGUACCGUAUACGACGAUAUCGCCCCGACCAGCUGGUAUUCGUCGACGAAUCCGGCGUCAAUAAGGAUACUGGGAUACGGAGGACUGGAUGGGCGCCGAAAGGGCUUGCUGCGUUUCGAACUGCAGAGAUUGAUCGGUUUCAGAACUCUCGCGUACAGAUCCUGCCAGCCCUCACGUUGAGCGGUAUCCUACACUUGACUACGUAUUAUGGUACGACUGACGGCGAUGGGUUCUUUCGUUGGCUACAGGAGUGCCUUAUCCCGAAAUGUGGGCGUUUUCCAGAGCCAAACUCUGUCAUCGUUAUGGAUAACCUCUCCUGCCAUCGUAUACCUGAAAUCGAGGGUUUAUGCCGGGUAUCAGGUGUCCAUCUCGAGUUUCUGCCUCCGUAUUCACCAGACUUCAACCCCAUCGAAGAGUACUUCGGCGAUCUAAAGCGAUACAUCAGGAAGACGUAUUCGAAGUGGAACAACGAUGAGAAUGACACUCGGGAUUUCAUGGAAUAUCUACGUGACUGCGCUAUGGAGAUUGGGUAUCGUCUACCCCAGAUCGAGGGCCAUUUCCGCCAUUCGUUCGUCAACUUUGAUGGGACAGAGCAUAUAUUUGACGAUAUCGAACUAUAA